AUGGGUGCUGAACGGCUGGAAAACGCAAAUCCGACGAUAUUUUCGCAAAAAGUGCGCUCGAGAGCUCCAACAGCGAGCGAACUUGACGACAGCGUUGUUGAUCCAAUUAAUGCGAAUGAAAUUUUCGAGCUGAUUCGCGAUAUUAAUGAUCCCGAACAUCCGUACACCUUGGAGCAGCUCAACGUUGUCCAGGAGGAAUUAAUCAAAGUUUCCGAUAAUGACGAGCAAAUUUUUGUGAAUGUGAACUUCACGCCGACAAUUCCACACUGCUCGAUGGCGACGUUGAUUGGUUUAUCGAUUCGUGUGAAGCUUUUGAGGUCAUUGGCGAAGAAUAUUAAAGUACGAGUACAGAUAACACCGGGAUCUCAUAACAUGGAAGAAUCAAUCAACCGUCAAUUGGCUGACAAAGAGCGUGUGGCUGCUGCAUUGGAGAAUCAAGGCUUAAUGUCGGCUGUCAAUCAGUGUUUAGCUGUUCGUGAUUAUUAG